AUGUCUGGACUGUUCGAGCAGCUCAGCGCUUACUAUGAUCCUAUAGUAGAUUUUAGGCCCAUACUUGGGGUUCGGAAGACUAUAGGCGUAGAGGAGUUCGAUCGGUACUUCAGAGUGUACCCGAGGGAGAGGAACACAGGAGUGUGGGACUUGGGAAGAAAGGCAGCCUACGAGGAGGCUGUUAAGGGCAUGAAAGAAAGGACGUGUCUGAUUGUGAAGAAGCAGAAAGAGAAGAUCAUCAAGCUGAUAAGAGGCGGUUGGGAGAUCAAGAAGCUUGACGCUAUGGGUGCUAUUAUGGCCGAGCUGAAUAAGAGUUUAACAACAUUGGGAGAAGGAAGGAGUAGCAUGGAGAUUUUGCAGAAGGACGUUGUGGAGGAAAGCGUCAAGACUGUGAACAGCUUCUUGCUAGGAGGGUAG